AUGACUGCGCUGCAAUCUGCUGCUCCUCCGGCCACUGGCCCCCGGGAAUAUGACCCGGAGAUCAACGACAUGGCUGGCUACAUUCACAAAUACAACGUGGACUCGGAUCUCGCGUUCGACACUGCGCGAUGGGUCUUCUUGGACACCCUCGGUUGCGGUUUGGAGGCGCUGAAAUUCAAAGAGUGCACAAAACUCUUGGGCCCGAUUGUGCCGGGAACGGUCGUUCCCAAUGGCACCAGGGUCCCCGGAACCCCAUUCCAGCUUGAUCCUGUGAACGGUGCUUUCAACAUUGGCGCUAUGAUCCGCUGGCUGGACUACAACGACUGCUGGCUCGCGGCCGAGUGGGGUCACCCAUCGGACAACUUGGGUGGCAUUCUUGCUGUCGCUGACUGGAUCUCCCGCACCAACCGCGCCGGCGGGAAGUUGGGUAACGGCAAAGUCUUGAAGGUCCGUGAUGUUUUGGAAGCCAUGAUCAAGGCCCAUGAAAUCCAGGGUGUCCUUGCUCUGGAAAAUUCAUACAACAAGGUCGGGUUGGACCAUGUUGUCUUGGUGAAGGUUGCAACGACUGCCGUUGUUUCCAAGCUCAUGGGCUUGACUGAGCAGCAGACUGCUGAUGCCAUCACCCAAGCCUGGGUUGAUGGACAGAGCUUGCGCACCUACAGACACUCCCCCAACACCAUGUCUCGGAAAUCCUGGGCCGCCGGCGAUGCCUGCCAACGUGCAGUCAACCUCGUGCUGAAGGUCCAGAAGGGCGAGCCUGGUAUUCCCACGGUUCUCUCCGCUCCUGUUUGGGGUUUCUAUGAUGUUCUUUUCAAGGGCAAUAAAUUCCAAUUCCAGCGUCCCUAUGGAAGCUACGUAAUGGAAAACGUUCUCUUCAAGGUUUCCUAUCCAGCGGAAUUCCACUCUCAGACCGCCAUUGAAGCCGCAACCAAGGUCAAUGCCACUCUCGCUAAGAUGGGCAAAACUGCCGAAGACAUCAAGGAGGUGACCAUUAGAACACAUGAAGCUUGCGUCCGCAUUAUCGACAAACAAUUCAAGCCCAUGGACAACUUUGCUGACCGUGAUCACUGCAUCCAGUACAUGGUUGCAACUAUGCUCGUAUUCAACCGUCUUGUGGCUACUGACUACACCGAUGGAUCUGAGGCUGCAACAUCUCCAUUACUCGAAUCUCUCCGCAAACGCAUUCGAUGCGUCGAGGACCCUCAGAUGACCAAGGACUACCAUGACCCUGCUCUCCGCACCAUCCCCAAUGCGCUCACGGUCACGCUGAACGACGGAACCGUCCUUGAGGAAGUCGUUGUUGAUGCGCCUCUUGGCCACCGUCUCCGUCGCGAGGAGGCCAAGCCCGAGAUCCUGGCCAAGUAUAAGCGCCAUCUUGAGGCGCACUACGAUGCCUCCAAGGUUCAAAGCCUUAUUGACCUGGGCUUGAAGCAGAAGGAGCUCGAGAACACGGAUGUUGAUAAAUACGUCGACAUGUACGUAAAGGAGAAGGUGGACUUUUAG